AUGGCUGGAGGUUAUGAGCGGGUGAAUGCCCACGACGAAGACGACUUCGCCGCCCCCAACUCGGCACCACCAAGAAGACAAUCACAACCCAUUCCCAACUCGCCACCGCCGUCUUUCCACUCGAGAGGAUCAUCGCGAGAACGUCGCCCCGUUGACCCGACCCUUGCCGACGCAUUCGAUACCGAUGGCGACGACAGCGAUGACGACGCCGAUGAUCGUCAGCGUCUAGUCCGCCGCGACUCCGCCCAGGCUUCUGCCGCAUCACGUAAUCCAUCUUCUGACUCGAGACCCAAUCCCGAGAGAAAUGUCACGCAGCUUCCCCCGACCACUGCGACGCCAGGCGGCCCUACGACGCCGUUCCGCAUUUACGGUAGCGGAAUUCAGAAUGAGGGCGUAUUCUCCAACCUGACGGCGAAGCCCGAGCGCGGAAGCGAGGUCAAAGAGGAGCAGCCUCCGACGUAUGAGCAAGCAGCCGCCGAUGCGGCGCCCCCUUACUGGGAAACGACGAUCCUGGCUCCUGGCCUCGGCGGCCCUGACGAAGUCUACAUUGACGGCAUGCCGGUCGGCUCCCUCUUCAGCUUCGUUUGGAACGGCAUGAUUUCCAUGUCCUUCCAGAUCGUUGGCUUCAUUCUCACCUACCUCCUCCACUCGACUCACGCCGCCAAGAACGGAUCACGCGCUGGCCUUGGCAUUACGUUAAUUCAAUAUGGUUUCUACAUGAAGACGCCAACAGAAGGCGACCACCCACCUAAAAUGAACGGCCAGGACGGAUACGCGGCACCCCCCGACCCGAACUCGCACAACUUUGACCCCAACGCCGUGACAGGCGAGGGCGGCGGCGUGGCAGACAUUAGCGGACAGGAGUGGAUUGCGUAUAUUCUCAUGGUCGUGGGCUGGUUUAUCCUCAUCAGGUCGGUAAGCGACUACCUGAAGGCGCGGCGUCACGAGCAGCUGGUCCUCCAGAGCCCGGACCGUGGUCUGCCCGUGCCCAUCAUCGCUGAGGGCGAGUCGACGGAGAGAGUGGUAUAG